CAAACUCGCGGGAAUAUGCAAUCUCAAAUAUCAUCAUGCCAGAAAAUAGAAAAAAAUAAGUGAUAUGAAAUAUAUUUGAAGAUGAAUUAUGGACGAGGAAGAUUUUGAAUACAUUCCUUUAACGAAAAAGAAGAAAAAGAAUUCGGUUACAGCAGAUAAAAAGAAAAAGGAAGAAAACACUAAAAAAUUAUCAAGAAAUAAAAAAGGAGACAAUAAUAAGGCACAAAAUAAGGUAGAUUCUACUCCUUCAAAAUCUCAGGGACAACAUGGACAAACUAGACAUAAGAGAAAGACACCAAAGAGCAAAACUCCUAAAAAAGAAAGAAAGAAGUAUGAUGGAUAUUGUCCUGUUUGUCAGAUGCCAUUUUCUGCCUUAGUGAUGAUAGAAACUCCUUCCUGGCAUGCAGCAGAAUGUAUAGAUAACUAUAAACCUGAAUCAGAAUGUUCUGAAGGAGCAGACUGUGAUUGUACAAUACAAAGCCAUUUCUGGAGGUUUAGUCAUAAUCAGUUGGCAGAAUAUAGACAAAGAAAAACAAGAGCUGACCAGAUAGACAAACAAAAGAAAGGCAAAACUAGACUUAACUUUGAUGGAAGUAAAACUUGUUCAGAAACAGAAUUUGAAUUGUCUGAAAAUGCAAAGAGCAGUAGUUCUGUCUCCUCACAAAUUGUCACACACAAUACCUCUAGUAACUCUCACGUAGUCAUUGAUAUAUUUAGUUCAUGUAAAUCUGGAUCCUCACAAGAAGACACUGAGUAUAGUGUUGCAGUCAUAAACAAUACUACAAAUAGCUCCCCAGAAGUCAUGAAUACAUGUAGACCAUCCAAAUCUCAGUCAUCACCAGACUACACUGAGUAUAAUGUUGUAGUCACAAAUGAUACCUCAAAUAACUCCCAAGAAGUCAUGAAUACCAGUAUAUGUAGACCAUCCAAACCUCAGUCAUCACAAGACUACACUGAGUAUAAUGUUGUAGUCACAAAUGAUACCCCUAGUAACUCCCAAGAAGUCAUGAAUAUAUCUAGUCCUUCUAAAUCUGAGUCUUCACAAGAUGUCACAAACAAUACUUCUAAUUACUCCCAAGGGGUAAUGAACAAAUGUAGUGGAUCUGAUUCUAAGUUAUCAAAAGAUGUUUUAGACGAUGAUGAUGAAGUGAAAAGUCCAAGAGAUUUAACAAGUUAUCUUGAAGAGGCAUUCAAAGAGGCAACAUAUUGUUCUCAGAAAAGUGAAGUGAUAACCUCUGAUGAACCUCUAGAAUCAUUAGAACAACGUGAACAUGACAUGCAAACAAGUCAGUAUGGGAAAUCUGGUGUUGGUGUUGAUUGUGCAGAUAUAGAUUCUUGUCUCAGCCAACCUCUCUUUGAAGACGAUGAGAUAGUACAAAGUGGUAAAUCUGUAUCUGAUAUUGACGCCAGUCAAGAUAGUAAUUCUCAGUCAAAGUCUUUCUUUGCUAAUUACCGGAGAAGGAUGGAAAGUGUAGAAAACACCAAUUCUAAUGACUCGGAAAACUCACAAAAAUUCUCGCAACAAAGCUGUAAAAAAGAUUAUCAGAUUGUGAAUAGUGAGCUGACAUGUCUAAGUUCUCAAAAACUAGAAAUUGAGGGAAAUGAAUUUGCUGAUAAGAACCCAAGUGAUGUAGAAUUUAGUAAUAUUGAAAUGACAAAUAAGCUUCCUACUGAUCCAGAUCUUUGUAUAAGUAAUGAGCAGAGAGACAAACAUUUAGAUGAUUUAGUUAUACUAGAUACAGACGACACUGAUAGUGAUGUGCAAUAUAUCUCAACCUGUGAUGUUAAAAAAUCUGAUAGCGUCCCCUCCUCUCAUGGAUCAAUUAACUCUGCUACAAUGAAUCGGACAAAAGGUGCAAAAAAGUCUAAAGCUGUUAAUCUAACGGGAUCAAGUAAAAAAUCUAAAUUGUCAAAACAACAAUCGGAUAUGAAAAAUCAGCCAUCUUUGUUAUCAUUCUUUUCAGGAUCAAAGACAGAUAAGGGGUCGAAAGAUAAAACAAAUGCAAACAAUAAUUAUAUUUUAAAUAGUUCUAACAAUUUUGUGAGUAUUAAGAGUAAAUUGAAUGGUGCUAUUCCUAGUCAGCUGUCCAGUACAGAAUCAUGUGACAGUUUUGUUAAAGAGAAAAAUGUAAACACAGUUUUAAUGAAUUCUAUGAAAAGAUCAACAACGGAACCUUGUAAAGAUUUAGACGCUACCUCAAAAAAUUAUAAACCUGCGUUAGUAAAAAAUGCAUCUGAUAUUUUAAUGAGUUCAGUUAGCAAACAUGUUAAAGAAAAAGAGUCACUUCCGAGGAACAGAAAAAUGAUAACUAAAGAUGACAAAGAGUUACAAAAUGUACUUGGUGUGGAGAACAGUGGUAAAGGAAACCAGUCAACUAAACCAGUUAGAUAUUGUCCAUUUUACAAGAAAAUACCAGAGACAGGAUUUACAGUAGAUGCCUUCUGUUAUGGUAAUGUCCCAGGAUGCAAAGCUUACUUCCUGUCACAUUUUCAUUAUGACCAUUACAGAGGACUAACCAAAAAAUUCUCCGCUCCAAUUUACUGUAGCAAGGUGACUGGUAACCUCAUCAAAUCAAGGAUAGGAAUCAAUCCGGAUAUAGUCCAUGAUUUACCCAUGAAUACACCAGUCACUGUGGAAGGCACUGAGGUCUUACUCCUAGAGGCUAACCAUUGUCCGGGAUCUGUCUUGUUUCUGUUUAAGACACACCAAGGAAAGUUAAUAUUACAUACUGGAGAUUUCAGAGCUGAUCCGUCCAUGGAGGAAAUGAGUUGUCUACAGAACGUACGAAUACAUCAGCUAUAUUUAGAUACGACAUAUUGUGAUCCAAAGUAUGCAUUUCCACCCCAGAAACUUGUGAUUGAGUUUGGUGUUUCCUUAGUGGAGAAAAUACUGACAGAGAAGCCUAAAACCUUGGUAGUUUGUGGAUCCUAUACAAUAGGGAAAGAGAGGAUAUUUACAGCCAUUGCGAGGAGAUUUGACUGUAAGAUAUGUGUUCAAAGAGACAAAUACAAAGUCCUGGAGUGUUUAGAAGAUCCCGAUCUGACAGCCAGAUUGACAUUAGAUGGCAACGAAACAUUCCUCCAUGUCUUACCAAUGAAAAAACUUAAUCUACAAGGCUUACAUGAACACAGAUCUAAGUUAAGAACAGAGUAUAAUAAUGUGGUAGCCAUAGAACCAACAGGAUGGACGUACAAUGAUAAAAUGGUGUCAUUAGAUCAAAUCAAACCAAAAGGAAAUAAAGAAAUUCAAAUAUAUGGAUUACCAUACAGUGAACAUAGUAGCUAUCUAGAAUUAAAAAGAUUUGUACAGUAUAUCAGACCUGAUCAAAUAUUGCCAACGGUAAACAAUGGCAAUCCAGCUUCUCGUAGGAUGAUGGAAUCCUUAUUUGAAUCAUGGAUGACAGACGACAAGGCAGAAAAUAAACCAAAACAGACUAAAAUUGGAGCUUGGGCAAAGUAACUCUUAUUGAAUGAUAAUACAUAAUGAUAAGUGGUUAUAAGUGAUGUGGAAGAAAACUUGUCUGCAGGACAAAACAGAAAUGAAUCCAUGCAGACAACAAUGAAGGAUUGGACAAACCUGUAUAACAAAAGAUAGAAACAAAGUCAAAGAGAACAUGACAUUUUGAGAAAAGCAAAGUAACAUUCCUACAAGACAAAAACUAAAGUAUUUAGAAACAUUUCAACUUGGUGCGUUACAAAAUCACUUUUGCAGAAAAGGCAGAAAUUUAUUACCAAAUGCCAAUUGGAACAUGGAGUAGUGACCAAUAAGGGGGGAUGCCAUCGUUAAUGCCAAUUGAAUAAAAAAUGUUGUCAUUUGUUUACUGUUUUAUUUAGAUAUGUAACUGCAUGUACUAACUAUUUGUUUUGUA